GCUAUUUUGGACACUUUGGAUGGAGCGCAGGAGGACGCGCACGAGGACGUGCCAGAUCUGUACUUGACGCCACAGAAGCAUAAAUAUACGUCUCAGUUCACGUCCUAGCUGUUAAACGAGGAUAUCGCAGUGAGCUUAUCAUGGCUGGUCCUCAGAGCGGCUCAAACGUAACGCGUAAUUUCACAAACCAGUUCGUGCAGCCGCCGUGGCGCGUCGCGAUUUGGUCGGUGGCGUACAGCUCCGUGCUGGCGGUCGCCGUGUUCGGAAACCUCAUCGUUAUUUGGAUCAUUUUGGCCCAUAAACGGAUGCGCACGGUAACCAACUAUUUCUUGCUCAACCUGGCGUUCUCCGACGCCUCGAUGGCCGCGUUCAACACGCUCGUCAACUUCAUUUACGCCACGCACGGAGAGUGGUACUUUGGAGAGGUUUACUGCAAGUUCCACAACUUCUUUCCGGUGACCGCCGUGUUUGCCAGCAUUUACUCCAUGACUGCGAUUGCAGUCGACAGGUACAUGGCUAUAAUUCACCCCCUGAAGCCCCGUCUGUCAGCUACCGCUACCAAAGUGGUGAUUGUCUGUAUUUGGGCUCUGGCGGUGAUUCUGGCUUUCCCGCUGUGUUUCUAUUCCACCACGAGAACUAUGCCUCGCCGAACCGUCUGCUACGUCGCCUGGCCGAGACCUUCUGAGGAUUCGUUCAUGUAUCAUAUCAUAGUAACCGUGCUGGUGUACAUGCUGCCCCUAGUGGUCAUGGGCAUCACCUACACUAUCGUCGGAGUCACACUUUGGGGAGGAGAGAUUCCUGGAGAUUCGUCAGACAAUUACGUCGGACAGCUGCGAGCCAAGAGGAAGGUGGUGAAGAUGAUGAUCGUGGUGGUGGUGACCUUUGCCCUCUGCUGGUUGCCCUAUCACGUCUACUUCAUCGUGACGGGCGUAAACAAGCAUCUGAACAAGUGGAAGUCCAUCCAGCAGGUCUAUCUGUCUGUGUUGUGGUUGGCCAUGAGCUCCACCAUGUACAACCCCAUCAUUUACUGCUGUCUAAAUGGCAGAUUCAGGGCCGGUUUCAAACGGGCCUUCAGGUGGUGUCCCUUCAUCCAGGUGUCCAGCUACGACGAACUUGAGCUCCGUCCCACCCGUCUCCACCCUCGCAACCAGAGCAGCAUGUGCACCCUGUCCCGCAUCGACACCAGCGUCCACGGCGACGACCCCCGCCGCAGCAGGUCCCUGCGGUGUCAGGCGGAGGUCAGAGACGAGAGCGCCGCGGCGGCCACCAAGCUCUGUCUUCACCGGGAGCCCACGUUCGCGUCCGAGCAGCUCAGCUGAAGGGCUGUGUGCUCCGUUACGGACGGAAAACAACGUGAACGCGUCCUCGGGCGUCCUGUAAAUGACACACUGUACAUUUCAGAGCGUGCACUGACACUAAACGCACUCAAUCCUGCUGCAUGAUGAAGUAGCACUGCCUCCAAGUGGAGAACUGUGAAUGACUAGCGUACUACUCGAUGCAUGCUGCCUAGCACUGCAUACUACCUUCUUUUUCAAAACACAACACAACAUACGUAUUAUGCAAUGGACAUGAGCAGAUAGUGUGCUACGCUACAGAUUCAUCACCUCAUCACGUUGCAUGAUCUAUGAAACACAAAUGUGUCUUUCAGAUGAUGCUUAAGGGCGUGCUUGUGAUUCGUUCAAUUCAGUAGAACUGGACUGUAGAGUAUGUCCUGUACAUCUGUUUAUUUUUAUGUCUGUGCACAUGUGCUUUUUGUACUCAUUUAACGCGCCGCAGUAACUUUUCGCCGCAUAACUUUUACCGCUUUAGCGCUUAAUAAACAGAACUGCGCGGAAGAACACUGUAGCCGGAACUACUUCUCUCUAUGUAAGUCUAUGGCGAAUCACGCAGCGUUACCUACCCGAACCCGUCUAAAUAGGCCCAAUAUAAACACGUAUUAAAGGUGUUGUGCGGUGAUUCAGGACAAGCCAAAAUCACGGUUUGGAAAAUGGAUUCACGGUGUACUUAUAUACAUUUUGUAAAUUGUGUAAAAACACACAAAAAAAGUUACUGCGGCUUUAACAUUGCCGGCACUUCUCCUUCUGCAUGAAAGCGUAUUUUAGUUCGGUCUUUUAUAAGGGAGAUUAACUGACUGAAAUUUUAAUUUAAUGUAAAUUUUGAGUCAUCGAAUAUAAAGUAUAAGUACUUUUGUAAUGGUUUUACUGGAAAAAAGUUGGUGGUAUUUUAAUUGUAAUUUCUGUGAUGGUUACUAUUGGGCUUCUGUUGUUUUUUUUUAGAAGAGGAAAACCAUUCAAACAUCAACCAUCGUAAAUAGGAUCAAAUGAAUGUAUAUAAAAGACUACACAGUUUUUAUUUUUGUGUCUUGUUGAUGUUUGGUAUAUUACAGUAUGUGCUGUAUUUAUGAUGUACUGUAAUUGAUAACAUCGCUGAUAAUGCGCUUAUGGUUUGUAUCGUGCAUAAUAAGCAAAGUUAACUUUUUAUUAUCACCUAUCUAACCUACCUUAACUCCAGUCUUUGUGGUAAAACGCUUUUUACGUCUAAAUGCAUCAAAGCCUGCUCUGAUUUAAAGAUAUCUGUUAAAAACGAAUCAGGCUGGCAUUGCCAAACUGUUCUGAUGUUGAGCAUGAACAUUAAAGUGAACGUCGAGAAAGACAAAAACAUGCUUUGUACGAAACAUUUUAGUUAUUUUGGUGCUUUAACGCC